CGAAACGCAAUAUUUGCAGAGAAAAAGUAUUUUGAAGAUGAAUAUACGAAAACACGAUUGAAUUUCACAGUAUUUCAGCUGAAUAUGUCGGCGGGCCACAAUAAACUUCCCAGCCUGCAAGUCACGGACUUAGAACCUGGAGAUAUGACGAGGGUUUACAAUGAAGGGCUUACUCUACCAGUACCUAACAAAUUACCCCCUAUAAAACCAACUGGAAUAAGUCCAGCUGCUUCAGUACUAGUACUAGAUACUGAAAUAGAAAUGCCUGAUUGUAGAAGAGAUAGACGAACCUCUCUUAUGUUAUCAAGGCAUGAGCCAAUACCACUGAAUGAUUUGCGAGAGGAAGAAACAGCCAAUACAAUGAAGCUGCUCAUUGAAAAUGCUCAUGUACUGUUAGAUGUGCAUGAGUCCAGACUAGAUGAUAUCACAAGAAAUAUGCUUUCAACUACUUUUGGCAGCAGUGCUGAGUUUGACACUGAUAAAUUAAUGGAUGCCAUAUUUACCCAUGAUAACGUUCAUUGUCUUAGCAAAACCAUCCAAGGAACUUCUGAUUUAGGCGGUGGUGGAUUUGACUAUGACCAGUCAUGGGUUGUUGUAUUGGGAUUGAUUCCAGAGCUGAAAUCUCAAACUAUAGCAAUUUGUUCACUUAAACAUGCAGCAAAUUUAGGACACACAUCACAAGAAGUGAAAUUUGUCAUAUACGUGCUUGCAGAUGAGUCCGGAUCUAAAGAAGCCCUAGUCACAGGACAGGCAUUAGCCACCAUCUUCGCAGAUUUGCGCUUCAGACAAGAAUUGCAUGAUGUCCACAAUGUUGCAGGCUUCAAGCAGUUACUCUUGGAACAUUCGGAGGAGUUGUCUAAACAGGAGAGCAAGCCAGAUAUGAGAAAGGGUAGCACUUCAGAAGCACUGGUGGAUGAGUUAAAGGGGAGCUUCUAUCCUGGAAGAGGAAUGCUAGCUGAUUUGAAAAGAAGACUCCCUUAUUAUUGGUCUGACUAUAGAGAUGGCAUUGUUGGUCCAAACACAAUUUCCAAGUGCCUGUCAUCAACCAUCUUUUUGUAUUUCUCUUGCUUGUUACCAACCAUUGCAUUCAGUGAAGUGAAUCACAAAAGCACACAUGGAGCCAUGGCCGUUAAAGAUCACAUCAUAGCUCAGACAAUUGCAGGUAUGGUUUUUUCACUGUUUGGAGGCCAGCCUAUGAUGAUUAUAAUGACCACUGCUCCAAUUAGUUUAUUCAUCAUCAUCAUCGAUCAAGUGGCUGAGAGCUAUGGAGUUGAUUUCCCUGCCAUGUAUUCUUGUGUGGGUCUCUUUAAUGCUCUCUUUUUAAUCCUGUAUGCUGUUUUUGAUGUGAGCCAACUCGCACAUUGGUCAACAAGAUCCACAGAAGAGAUAACUGCAGUUUUUGUGUCUGCUGCAUUCAUAUUUGAUGCUGGUAAAGACAUUGUGUACAAUUUUGAUGUUUACUACAAGUCAUGUGAUGACUUGAGUACAGAACUUGUCAAUGUCUCCAAUGUGUCAAGUUUAACAGGAGUUGACAAAUGUCAGAGAGAAAUCAGCAUGUUGUAUUUACUCCUUGCCAUAGGAACUCUGCUCGUUGGGACAUACUUGUAUAAUUUUACCCAUACGCCAUUCUUGAGUGAAAAGAAUAGAGAGCUGCUUGCUGAUUAUGCCUUGCCCAUAUCAUGUCUUCUCAUGACCUUUGUAGGAUCUUACAUUUUCCAGGGAAUAAAAUUGGGUAUCUUUGAGUAUAAGGAUGAAUUAAGUCUGGAUGGAGCUCCGCUAAAUGUUUUAACCAUAGGAAACAUGUUUCUUGCAAUGGGAUUGGCUCUUCCAUUAUCCCUGCUGUUUUUCAUGGAUCAGAGCCUGGCCAGUGCUGAAGUCAACAGUGCUCCCUACAAACUGGAAAAGGGACCAGCCUACCACUGGGAUAUGUUUGUUUUAGGUGUCAUUAAUGCUGUGCUCUCUGUAUAUGGUCUACCAUGGGUCCAUGGAGCGAUUCCACAAUCACAACUGCAUGUUCGUGCUCUUGCAGAUGUGGAAUCAAGAGUUGACCAAGGGCACAUCUCACAAAUCAUUAUUAGAGUGAGAGAAACCAGGCUGGAUGGAGUAUUGAGUCACAUCCUGAUAGGACUGUCCUUACUCAUGGUCCCAUACCCACUGGGUUACAUCCCAACUCCUGUGCUGGAUGGCCUCCUGUUGUAUUUGGCCAUUAUUGGAUUGUUUGGAAAUCAGCUGUUUGAAAGGAUGAUGUUGUUAUUCACUGAUGUGGCUGCUUAUCAUCCCAAUCAUUAUAUAAGAAAUAUACCACUCAAAACAGUGUUUUUAUUCACCUUGGCUCAACUAAUACAGCUGAUUGUUUUGUGUACAUUUGGAUUUGCCCCUCACAAAUUAAUGAAGCCAGCAUUUCCAGCAAUCCUUGUGCUUCUGAUUCCCAUAAGGCAUAAAAUUGCACCAAAAUUCUUUGAGAAGAAGCAUUUGGAUUUACUAGAUGCUCGUACUCUUUGCCUUCAGUGAAAUGAAGCCACUUGAAUUUCAAACUUUCUUCUGAAGGGACAUUUCUAUUAAGCGUUGAGGACACUCCUUUGGUUGACAUUAAACAUACUUUACACAUUAUGAAAGCCAUAUUCAAGACAAGAACCUACAGUUCUUUGAUAUUGAUAAAGAAAACUGAAUCACCAAUUUGUUAAAAUAGAUUAUUUGUUGUAUAAGCUACGUAUUUACACUUUUGAAGUUUUUCAGUCGAGUUUUGUACAUAGCAUUGCUUAUUCUUGUUUAUAUUGAACUUGUAUUACAGUCAACACUUAGUGUUAACAUUUUAAGGAUUACAUUGUUGGUCAUUUAAGACAUUUUUAUCUUUUGAUGUUUAACAGUUAGUUCAAUUACAAUUUCUUUCCCUUCACUUUACAUUAGAGAAAGCAUUUGACUUAAAUACAUGGCCUAAACAUAAAACUUUAUUCAUUGUGCUUUUCCACUUAUAUGUACGAAUUGAUUUAAUUGUAUUUCAGCAGU